CCGACAGGGACAGCCCGAUUUCCUUUAUGCUCCAAGAUGAUAUAGGACGCCCAGUUUGGCAUUCAAUUUAGUAGCCAGCCCCUCUCCCCUCGCCGGUGUAUAGCCAUACAGCGGCCACGAUCGACAGGCCUCUAGAUUACCGGAAUACCCCAGCCUCUGUGGCAGCACUGAACGCCUGUUACGACACGCACGACAAUUCAACAAUAUACCCUACGCAGUAGAGUGGAAGGCAUCACUAGUCAAGUUCUAAAUCGAACCGCCCUUCCCCCUUGCCGUCGAUCAUCGCUCCAGUCUUUGUGCAGUGUCCCCCUUUCGCCACUCUGCCACAGAGAUUCUUAACCUGAUACCCCCCUCGACCACCUCCUGUGGCUUUGUCGUAUUUUACGCUUGCUCUGGGCCCGAUUGCCUCUCGGAUCAUACGACGCGUGCCACAUCCUUUGUGUCCCGGCUUUGGUAUCUCGCCUGGCAUAUAUAAGCCCGACUGGCGAAAGGUUGUAUACCCUCCGUCCUCCCAGACACCGCUGUACUUCUUCACGACCUUACCGUCGCCGUUGUCCCUGUCGACUACAUGGGACCGUACCGCCGUUCGAAUCACGGAACACAAGUCACAGCAAACACCAUGGUCCCCGUCCGCUACAUUUCCACCAUCGAAUACUCGCCCACCUUCGGGCUCACUGGUACUGACUUCAGAGCGCGCGUUCACUACUGCCCGCCCGCGGGAAGCGCGAAGGAAGUCUGUCUGCGGCUCGUAUUCGGCACCAAGCCUGUUAAGACGGACUUGAUGCAGAUAGAAGGCAGCAUCUUCGAUCUGACCGCUAAAGUUCCGGAUCAGCCAUGCCCCAUGGGACGAGUAAUCCUGCUCGUGCAGUCCGUCACCAAGAAGAAAGAAGUACUCGAGACGGCUGUGCUGGGAAGCUUCACUUAUAACGAACAUGGCGUACAUGCCACUUCAUUAGGUGCCAGUGCGCCCGAGGAGCAGCGUUAUUCGGGCGGAAAUGCGCCUACAACGAACAAUGCCACACGCAAUUCUUCUCCCGCGUCGGAUAGGUCAUCCUCCAGUCGACGGACCCGUACCCGCCGAGUGCGUUCCAAGUCGUCGCCUGCUACCGCUGCGAAAAUGCAAGCCCUUGUGCGCACCCGCGUGUCCGCCGCCCCCCCAUCUUAUGGCGGUUGCAUCGCCAAGAAGGCUGUCAUCGAGGUAUUGACGCCUCUCGAUGCCAUGGCGGAGGACUGGAGGGAGUCCGAGAAGCAAGUCGGACGUCGUCUCAUCCGCUUCCACGUCCAGCGACGGGAGCACAUCUUGAAGGUGUCGUGCGAGAAGAUCGAGCAGGCCGAGUAUGACGAACGGGAUACCGUCGUCUCCUGCAUCUAUCGCACCGAGAGCGGCGUAUGCUACAUCACCUCCGUCGACAUCAUUUACCUGCUCGAGCGGAUCGUCGGUACUGUCUUCAAGGUCGAGGAGAAGAAUCGCAUCAGGAGGAAUCUGGAGGGGCUGAAGCCUAUCACCACGGGUAAAGGCAAGAAGUGGUGCGGGGAUUUCUUCCAGAAGAUCAUGGAUUUCCCCAACCCGAAGCCGAGGACCAUCGAGAAGGAUCUUAAGGUGUUCGAGUGGCGAGUCCUUCGUCAGGCGCUCGAGAAGAUCAUCUCCAGAUACUCACUGUACACGAGUGCCACGGACCACAGUGCCCCCCAGACGUAUGGCACAGACACACGUGCAAGCGGUAGUCCGGAGUUUGAGUCGGAGCCGCUGGGAGACUUGGUAUACCCCCAAUCGCUGGAUACCAUGGGCAUACCGCCCUCUGUUAUCACUGCUCUCACACCUCCCCGGAGCCAUUCUCUUUCGCCUGCGUUCGCCCCGGAUGUAGCCAUGGCGGACAGAGAGAGCUCCGGUUCGUCAGGCUCAUCACCCAUGCUCAGCAGUUCUCCGCUGUAUCAGGCGACAGCGGGCGCGACCGUCGGUGGAUGGGCUACCGAGCCGAGCAUGCAUGGCUACAACAUUGUGCAUCCCGGUCUGUAUGUCCCAGCGCCCUUCGCCGACGAAGCUUACUCCGCGAAUGCCGGGAUCAUUGAUGACUUCACGACCCAUACUACCUUUGAUUAUAGAAUGCCCUAUGCCGUUCCGACAUCGCAGUAUUAUAUGUAGCUGUCUUCUCUGGUAUAUUCGACGAUCUCUUUCCUGGACUAGCAUGUUUUUGCGUGUAGUUAUACGUAUUGUACAGACCUUCGUUGUCUGGAUUGUAUCGAUACCUUUUCGUAUUACCUCGCGCGUAGCAGGAUCAUCUUCACUUUAUUCGUCUACUAGCCUAUGAAAUUCAGUGAUCUAUCAUGAACG